AUGAGAGCUUCAAUAUAUAUUAUCUAUUUAUCGGCACUUAACGCCAUCAGGGCCACAUGCACUCGUUUGAACUAUGCAGCAGAGGUUGAGUUUCUAAUCGAGCAAGGCCCACGUCUUACGGGAAGCCCUGCACAUAACACUCUCCUAGAUCGGAUUGAAGGGACCUUGGCGAAUCUUGGUCUCGAAGUCAAGUCAGAUAAUUACACUUUUGAGUAUAGCACUCCCGCAUCUACUGCCAAUGCACCAUCAUUAGUUGUGGGUGGCAAGCAGAUGGAGAUUGCAUCAAUCUUCCCUUACUCGGGGUACACAAGUGACAUUGGAGCCACUGGACAACUCAUCCAUGUUCCAGGUCCUGAUCCUAACUGGGAGCUGGCUAGAGGAAACAUUGCCAUCGUUCCUAUCACCAACCCAUCACUUCCAUUUUCCGUGGCAUUCGGCACAUGGGACCCAGCUAAGAGAUGGGUGGGGAACAUGAAGAACCCCCUUAUCCCCACGGACAUGAUUGGGAAGGCACUUCCCGGGGCGAAGAAAGCCGGCGUGAAAGCUGUAGUCUUCGCUUGGGAUGACUCCAUUAGCACCGGAAACGCUCACAACCAAUACCUACCCUUUAAAUUCCCAUAUGCCGAUAUCCCUGCCGUGUUCACAUCAGGAGCAACCAGCAAGGACAUAUUGUUGGCAGCAAAAUCCAAUUUGCCAGCCACGCUCACUCUUCCCUCGGAGAUAAUCCCCGAUACCCCAACGCGCACUAUCUAUGCUGUAGUGGAAGGUCGUAAUCCAAAAAGGUCGCACGAUUCCUUGCUCAUUGUCACGCAUACGGAUGGUACAAACGUGAUUGAAGAGAACGGGCAUAUUGGUGUACUGCAACUCGCACAGGAUGUUGCGACGGUCUCACCAGAGCGAACUCAUGUCUUUGUCUUCACCACCGGCCAUCUACGCAUGCCCGCCUUUACGGAGUCUGGCAAAGCCACAACCCGUUGGCUCAAUGACCACCCGGAAUUCUGGAAAGGCGGCGUUAGACAGCACAGAGCGAUAGCCGCCCUGGUAAUUGAACAUCUGGGUGCGGUAGAGUUCCAGGAAAACUUGUUCACAGAUUCUUAUUCAUCCACUGGAAAGGUACAACCAGAAGUGCUCUACGCUAGCACAAAAGAACUCGCUGCCAUCACUCAGCAGCAAUGGAGGGGUGCUGACCCUGGAUAUACACGGGUGUCAAAACCAUCUAACAUGUCCCAGUUUGGCGAGGGCGCGGCGCUUUCACACAAGGAAAUUCCGAACAUUUCACUAGUAACGGGGCCGUUAUACCUCCUUGCAGAGUGGGGUGGGGAUGAACACGAUCUGGUUGAUAUACCUGCUUUGACCAGACAAGUUAGAAGCUUUCAAAGGCUGCGAAAGCAACUUGAUGCGAUGGAUGUUUAA